CGCGUGCUCAUUGGUCGGAGACUUGUGUCGUCGCAGGGCCCGCGGAAAACGCGCGCCGGGACCUGCUCCCGCGGCCCUUAAUUCUGGGUUUUCUGGCGGCCGCCGCGGCAGCAUGGAUCUCAGCGAGCUGGAGAGAGACAAUACGGGCUGCUGUCGCCUGAGUUCGCCUGUGCCCGCAGUGUGCCGCAAGGAGCCCUGCGUCCUGGGCGUCGAUGAAGCGGGCCGGGGCCCUGUGCUGGGUCCCAUGGUCUACGCCAUCUGUUACUGCCCCCUGUCCCGCCUGGCAGAUCUGGAGGCCCUGAAAGUGGCAGACUCAAAGACCCUGUCGGAGAGCGAACGGGAAAGGCUGUUUGCGAAAAUGGAGGAGGACGGGGACUUUGUGGGCUGGGCCCUGGACGUGCUGUCUCCAAACCUCAUCUCUACCAGCAUGCUUGGGCGGGUCAAAUACAACCUGAACUCCCUGUCCCAUGAUACAGCCACCGGGCUGGUACAGUACGCGUUGGACCAGGGCGUGCAAGUCUCCCAGGUGUUUGUGGACACUGUGGGAACACCCGAGACAUACCAGGAGCGGCUACAGCAGCGAUUUCCUGGAAUUGAGGUGACAGUCAAGGCCAAAGCAGAUGUACUCUACCCUGUGGUCAGUGCUGCCAGCAUCUGUGCCAAGGUGGCCCGUGACCAGGCUGUGAAGAACUGGCAGUUUGUGGAAAAACUUCAGGACUUAGAUGCUGAUUAUGGCUCAGGGUACCCCAAUGAUCCCAAGACAAAGGCAUGGUUGAAGAAGUACGUGGAUCCUGUGUUUGGCUUCCCCCAGUUUGUCCGGUUCAGUUGGCGCACGGCCCAAGCCAUCCUGGAGAAGGAGGCAGAAGGCGUUAUAUGGGAAGACUCAGUCACAGGCAAUGAGGAGGGACCGGGGAGGAUCACAUCUUACUUCCUCAAUGAAGGCCCCCGAGCCCGCUCCCGCCUCCCCCACCGAUACUUCCAGGAACGAGGCCUGGAGUCAGCCACCAGCCUCUAGAUACUACUUGUUCUCCCCAGCCUGCGUAUCCCCCCCACACCAUUCCCUCAGUGAUUAAAGUUGUUUAAGGACAACCA